AUGAAUUUCCGUGUGAAAAGAGACAUGUCGGUUAUGGAAAUAUUCGAAAAAUCGCAAAAAUCGCUUGAGCUCAAGGAGCAAAUCUCGAGCUCCUCUAUCGCAAUUUCUUGUCUUUUGGUUGAGAAUUAUUUCGAUUUCAUUCAUAUAAGUAUUGCUAAAGAAGACAAGGAUUUCUCUGGAUGGAUAAUUCGUAAUUCGGAUGAGUUGGAUGAAGAUGAGGACUAUGAGAACAUGGUUAUCGGGGAUACAGUUUUUCUGAAUCCAGAAGACGAAGGAGACCAACUAACCCUGUUUCAUGAAAAUCGAUUCACAGGAGCCAUCUCUCUUCUGAAAUCUCUUUUCGAAAUCUUCACUGGCCCGAUUCUCGACGCAACUUUCUUGACGGGAACUCUCCCGACCCCUGAAAUUUCUCAAUUUAUCAUUGACGCAUUCCAUUUGAAUCGUUUGAAAGAGUGUGAGAAGGUUAUGUUGUAUGACAACCGAGAGGGUUCUACUCGACAAGUCGAUGAGGUCCUCGAGCUGGCGACCGGGCUGAAAUUCUUGGAUCUGAGAUGUCCACUUCCGGAUGAAUGGAGCAAUCCGAGGGUUCUUCAAGUUGAGAAACUGCGUGCGUGGCCAGCGGAAUGGUUCACGAAAACUGAUUUAUUGGAGAAUUUGAACUGUGAAGUUGCGCAGAUCAAUGAGACUAAUCUGGAUUGUCAUGCAUUCACUGAAUUUAUGUUGAAGUGGCAGGCGUCUGAUGAUAGAAGACUGAAAAUGCUGGAGAUUUCGUUCGACGGAGAUUGGGAGGAGUUUAAUACGAGAGGAUUGGAAGUGGAGGAGUGGAAUAAACAGGAGAGGGACAGCCAUUUUCCAGAUCUUCUCGGAGCACCCACUGACCCCUGGUUCAAUUGCGAAUUCGCUAGUGAUAUCCGAAGAAAAGACGGUCUUCUGGCAUCAUUUUGGAGAAGAGAAAACAGUUUUCACUUUGUUGUCUGGCAUGAUCUUCAUCCAAUUGUCACGUUGAACCCGAAUCCAGAACAACUUGUGAAGCUGGAGGAUUUGGAGUUUGUGGGAGAUGAAGAAGAGGAAGAAGAGGACGAAGAAGAGGAUGAGGAAUAG